GCAGGAAACCAAAGGCCAGCCCUUUCUUGCAGCUCCACCUCCUCCCUCCUUGCUCUGAGCUCCAGGCUGCCCCAGUCCUAAGCUCUGCCUGGGAGAUCGCAGCAGUUCCCUCUUUGCCCAGGCUGUGCCAGCAGCUGUAGGUCACCCGGAGGGAACAUGGACAACCCCCCAUACUCCUUCCCGGCCCGCAGCAACCAGCCCUUCCCACACCACAACUAUGAGCACCUGAAGGAAGAGCAUGAGAUCGGGGUGGUCUCCCCAGGGUCCACCGUCAACGCCACGGUUAUCAGCAUGCGCCCGUACGAGCCCCAGCCCCGCGACCACAUCAUCUGGUCCAUCUUCAGCACCCUCUACGUGAACUUCUGCUGCCUCGGCUUCAUGGCGCUGGUUUUCUCCAUCAAGGCCAGGGAUCGUAAAGUCGUCGGUGACCACAGUGGCGCAAGCAGCUACGGCUCCACUGCCAAGUGCCUGAACAUCAUGGCCCUGGUCCUGUCCCUCCUCUUGCUCAUCCUCGUCGUCACCCUCGUGAUAACAGGAGUCAUCGCUGUCACACAUGCAAUGCAACCUGGAGACUAGACCCACCACAGCCGGGUGGGGAGGGGGGUGUCCUGGCUCUUACCAUGCCUCCCAGGCAGGGCUGUCCCUGCCACACUUCCUACACU